AUGGAGGACGGAGAUAAAGCCUCCAUUUCUCAUAAUGAGAUGCCUGUGACUCCCGAGCCAAAUUUGUCUCCGCUAGUUGAGGAAGAGCCAGCCGGUGCGUACCAGGUGCGAUGGAAGACCCUCAUGGCUGUCUUCGCUCUGUCCAUGGCGAACUGUUGUGCUGCUAUAGCUAAUACGACGAACACCAUCAUUCAUUUCCAAGUCAUGGAUUUGGGAGGCGCCGGCAAGCAAGCCUGGAUAUCGAAUGCUAAUCUCUUGGUGACUCUGGCCUUUGGCCCGGUCUUGGGCUCUUUGAGUGAUCGAUUCGGGAAGAAAUGGUUCAUUGUCGUCUCGAGCGUUAUCGGCAUUAUCGGUUCCGUGAUCUCUGGCUCAGCCAAAUCCAUCACAACCAUCAUUAUUGGCAACAUCUUGACUGGUCUUGCUAACGCAGGGUGUAUCAUGGGUGUACCUGCGGGCCAAGAAGUGACUCCUAACAAACUCCGUCCAUGGACAAUGGGCUUCUCUCAGACUCUGGCGAGCUGUGCUGUUAUCGCUGGUACCCUUGGAGCAGGUGCUUUUGUCAAGUACCAGACCUGGCGAUGGUCUUACUACCUCAACGCCUUCGUCUACGGCACAACCACUGUACUUGUAGCCUGCUUCUACCACCCUCCGCCCACUACUUUACGUCGACAGCAGUCCCGCCUAGACGACCUCUUCGCCCAAGUCGAUUACUUCGGAAUCAUGCUCUUUGUGGGCUCCAUUGCAUCUAUAAUGAUCGGGUUGACCUGGGGAGGGAACACAUACCCGUGGAGUUCCAGCCAGGUCCUGGCAACCCUGAUAAUUGGCUGCGUUGGUCUUGUUGCUUUCGGACUCUACGAAAGACUUUUCACGCGCCAGGGUAUCUUCCAUCAUGAUAUGUUUGUCUCUCGAAACUUCCCUAUUUUGCUGUUCGUCUGCGUUGUUGAUGGCAUGCUUCUGCUGGGAGUCAAUGUUCUCUUUUCGCAACAGAUUGCUUCCAUGUUCACCACAGAUGCCGUCAAGAUCGCCACUAUCCUCACUCCGUACCUUGCAACUUCAGCAUUUGGCUGCUUGCCCGCGGGCAUAUUAAUGGCGCGAACCAAGUCAUACAGGACUAUCUUGGUAGCUUCACUAAUUUGGUGCAGUCUGUUCGUCGGUCUUAUGGCGUUACUCAACCCCAGUAGACUAUCCUGGGCCUACGUUUUCUCUGCACUGUUUGGAUGCGGAACUGCCGUCACCACAGUCAUUCCAGUCGUUGCACUGUCCCUUUCAGUCCCCUCCUACUUGCUCGGUACCGCAGGAACCCUUAGUGUAUCCGGUCGUGCCCUCGGCGGCGCCAUCGGUAUCACGAUCUUCACAUCUAUCUAUCACAACAAGAUGGGCACUGCACUGCCAAAAGCUGUCGGUUCAGUGCUUGCGGCCGCGGGGCACUCCAGCCUUCUUCCAGACGUGCUUACCGCCAUCAACAGUGGAAACCCAACUGCCCUGUCACAUGUGUCUGGCCUUCCAGCAUCGCUGAUCCCAAAAGUCCUCGCCGCAAAUGAUCAUGCCAAUACGUAUUCGUGGAGGUUUGUAUGGAUUGCUAUCUCGGUCGUCGUGGCAGCGAAUGCAAUAGCUGCGUGCUUCCUCAAGUCGGUUGCUGGUCAGAUGAACAGCCAUGUGGAGUCUGCUCUGGAGGAUUCGGAUGUUCGUCGGAAGCAGAUGCGCGAUAUUUGA